AUGGGCGUCGCGUUCGACAAGUGCGAGACCCGGCCGGCCAACAUUGAUGCCAUCCUCAACGGCCUCGACCGAUACAACCCCGAGACGACCACGGUAUUCCAGGACUAUGUGGCCCAGCAGUGUGAGGACAGGACAUUCGACUGCUAUGCCAGUCUUGCCUUGUUGAAGCUCUACCAAUUCAACCCUCACCUUCUCCAGCCCGAGACCGUCACCAACAUCCUCGUCAAGGCCCUCACCGUUUUCCCCUCUCCCGCUUUCUCCCUCUGCCUUGCCCUGCUUCCCGCACACACUCAGCCUUUCCCUUCCAACAACGCCGAAGCCCAGGCCGCUUCCCAGACCUCCGACUUCGUCGAGUCGGUUCAGAAGCUCGCGCGCCUCUCUACGCUACUCGAAUCUGCCCAAUACUCCCAGUUCUGGUCCACCCUGAACUCGGAUGACCUGUAUGCCGACCUGGUUGCCGAUGUUGCCGGCUUCGAGGAGCUUGUGCGCAUCCGUAUCGCUGUCGAGGUCGGCAAGGCCUUCCGUGAAAUCAACGCCGACGUUCUGGAGCAAUGGCUGGACCUCCCCAACCGCGAGGCCCUCGAGAAGUUCGUCACCGAAGUCUGCAGCUGGGUCGUCGACAAGUCCGGCUCCAGCACCGUCAUCAAGGUGCCCACGAACAAGGAGAACGAGGUCCGCAGCGAAGUCAAGAGCGAGCGCGUCGGCAUUGACAUGUUCGGCCGUGUCAUCCGCCGUGGCUUCGAGCAGGCUGCCUAA